GUUCUGAAUAUUCUUUAUCUUAAUUUUAGUUCUGGUUGUCACAUUUUCAGUCGUAACCCGCAAAGGAUUUCUCUUUUUUGUGGAAUAUUUGUACAUUUAAUAUUAAAUUAAAUAUUUGUUUUGAAUUUUCUUUAUCUUAAUUUUAAUUCUGGUUGUUACAUUUUCAGUCAUAACACGCAAAGGAUUUCUCUUUUUGUGGAAUUCUGGUAAUCAAAGAGCAAAUGAUUCUUGCAGGGGACUAGGGCUUCGUCCACCAGUCAACUAGCUGCAGGGCGUAUUUGCUCGGAGGAAGAAGAUGACGACGACGACGACGACGACGACAGUCAGUCGGCAUCCGGAGGUCCUCUGGGCUCAGCGUGCUGAUAAGGUAUACCUGACUAUCGCAUUGCCUGAUGCAAAAGAUGUUUCGAUGAAAUGCGAGCCUCAGGGUUUGCUCAGCUUCUCUGCUCGGGGUGUGCAAAGCGAACUCUUUUUUUUCGGUCUGCAACUCUAUGGCACAAUACUACCUGGAGGUUGUAAAACUAAAGUUGGGUUAAGGGACAUUUUUUGCUCCAUUCAGAAGGAGCAAAAGGGUUGGUGGAAAAGAUUAUUAAAGUCAGAAGAAAAACCUGCUCCUUACCUUAAAGUUGAUUGGAAUAAGUGGUGUGAUGAGGAUGAUGACUCAGAUGAUUAUGCUGAUUUGGCUUCCGAUGAUGAUGCCGGCAUGCAUGUUUGUGAAGAUGAUGGGAGCAGCGAUGAUGAAGGAAUGCUUUAUCUUCCUGACUUGGAAAAGGCUAGAGGGAACUAGUAAAGACUGGUAGCGACAACUAAUGACUGGACCUGGAGACUGUCUGGUUUAAUUCUCUAGAUAGGUAUGCAGGUGAAAAUUUUACUUCGUUGAAUCUAGAAUGAUGAUGGUAUGGCUUAGGACUAAUAUCUGUACUGCUGAAAAUGGAAGGUGCCUUUUUAAGUUUCAAAGGUUAGGUUUGAUCACCUGGUAUGUCAAAGCUUGAAUGUUCAGCUGAAAUUAGCUAAAACCAUUGCCAGUUGA